AUGGAGUCCCUUCGUACCAACUACCCGGCCCCUCGCCGUGUCGCGACAGCCCCGGUAGGAACACCCGUACCGGCACCCCGAUCUACUUCAGCAGGUGGUCUCGUCGAGACGCUUUAUAACCAUCCCAAUGUCAAGAUUGUAGCAUUCACUGCCGCGUCUAGAGGCCGAGCCCGGAGUCCCGGACGUGGCCCCGCCGACGAGCCCGGCACCUUGUCCGCCUACUCGCAGUUGGAGAGAACAAUCGCAAUAGGACCCUUUCGGAUAUAUCGCACCGGGUCUGUAGCCUUUCUGAACUGCGGUUCCGCCCUACAACCCAUGCUUCCCAAAAGCCAAUGCUGGGCUCUAGAGGAAGAUUCGAGCAAGUUUGUCUUGCAGAUACGUCGGCCUAAUUACUGGAGGAUAGAAAUCCCAGUCACCAAUCCCACCGAGCAGGAGCUUGCGGCCGCUUUCAAGGGCGUUCUGGACCAGAUACUUCAGUUUGAGAAAACGGAAUGCCCCUUCCAGAGAUCAUUCACUGUUAUCCUCCCCGAAAAACCGACAACCCCCAUGAAGAAGCGUCCAUGGACCCCUCCCGUCAAGCGUGCGCUGCCUGUUCUUUCCACCCCGGCCCAUGAAGUGUCACCGACUCCAAAGGUCCUCAACCCCAACUCCAACAGGAGGGCGUCGACGUCCCUCGCCAUCAGAGGCCGAACCGAGCAACGGCGAUUCUCCGUCACCGGAACCGAGUUCCAGUCAAGCUCUGAAUCGCGAGGGACCAGCACUGAGACGUCACAAUCAACCGACCUGUUGCGGGACCAGGAACCGUCAAGCGAGACACGCUCUAUCGCAGAGGAGAAAACUGAAUCGGAGCCGCUUAGUACCGAGACGAUUCCCCAAGUGCUAGUUGAAAAGACCGAGUCAGAUGGUGCUGCCAACACUGAAACCGCGAAGCCUGAGGAAGAUUUCAUGGAAACAAACUUCGGUAUCACGAAGGAGCCGGAUGCUAAAGGGCCUGAGGAGGCUGCUCCGGCAACCGCUGCCGAGGAACAUUCCUCCAAGCCUUUCAAAGUUCAUGACGUGCAUGACGACCCUUUUUUGAGCAAAAAUUCUGAUGAUGAAGUACUUGCGAGCAGACACGUUGAAGAUUCAGCUGCACUGAGAGAUGUCACCGAGCCUGGAGAGACAAUUCGCCCCACGGCCGCCGUUGCUGUUCCAUCCGCCAAGUCAGCUCGGCCCUCAGAGGAAAUUGAUAUCGUAAAGCCAUCGAAUGAAACCAAGCAAGUGCCGCUAGAAGCCAAGGAGGGGCAGCUGUCGUCCGCGUCCAACCAGGGCAAAAUGGAAACUUGCUCAAGCAAGGUGACAAUCUUAGAACAGCCGAAGCCGUCGAUAAGCUCACCCCUACAGAUCAAGGAGCAACUGGUUACUAUCGAGGCAGCCCCCAGGACCCCUUCAUCCUUUGAAGCUGAUACACCUACACCUACAAAUAUUUACGAUGUGAUUCGUAACUAUGAGCAGAAGUUGGCCGAUGCUGCUCCGACGUCGACGCCUGCUGACGAGGUCAACCCCACUGACAGUGAGCCUCAAGCAGAGGCAAGUGAUACUAGUGACUGUGGAUCAAGCCAGGAGUCUCACUCUGGAACUGACGGAGAGGUGCUUGAGGGCAGCGGCGUGGUGGGCGGUAGGCGUAAAAAGCUGCGAGGUUUCAGGAAAGGCCGCGCUCUCGUCCCUCCACAGCUGACACUUGUCACCUCAACACCGCCAAAGUCAGCAGCAAGACAGACUGCGAUUCUGGAUGACACGGAAAACACCAAAGAGUCGGUAUCGCCGACGGGCUCAGCCGACUCGUUUCAUAGUGUGCAAUCGUGGCACUCGCCCGUCACCCCUGUUCCGCGAUCUCCUGCUUCAGAAGCAUCGCCAACAAGGUUCCCGUACCCUCAUGACAACAUCUUGAUUCCCAAGAAGCCGUGGCACUAUCGUGACAUAUCUGAUUUGACUGUUACUCCCGAGACGCGACGUACCUGGGAUGCGACUUCGUCUCUUACAGAUGAUAGCUCGCUGGAGAGCGCUGCAACCGCACCAGAUAUGGUGUCCGAAGUGGUGGAGCAGCCAGACAAGUCUGCCUUAUCUGAAGAUGAAGCGGCCACGACCGCAGUCGCGCGUCGCCCCUACCUGCGUCAUCGGGCAACGACGAACAGCAUAUCGGUUGGUCGCAGGGCCCUGUCGCCUUUGCCGCCGCCAGCCAACCUCUUUGCUCCUACAGCGACCACAACCAGACGGCAGCCGUUCCUCCGCAGCCGACUGGAGAUUGUUCGCAGGAUUCCCAUGGCCAUUGUUUCCAAAACCUGCGAGGUUCUCCUGGGCCCGCCCAGCCAUCUCAUCACGUUGAUGCUUCAGGUGGCUGCCAAGAUUGCUGCUGGAGAGUGGCGCGGCAUGAUGUUUGGUUAUGGUGAAAGCGGAGAGACUAUACCUGUCCAAUGGGACUACUCAGAUGAUGAGUACAGCAGCUGGGGAGAUGAUGAUGACUACUACCUCAGCCAGGUCGAGUCGUCGCGCGCAAACAGCGUAAUCGGUAAUGAAGACUGUGACAAGACAUUGGCAGACGACAACGCGGACGGGACGGGCCGCGGCUGGGAAGUUGACUGA